CCUCGGUUUAUUGUCUCAUCCGCACGACAGCCUGUACCACAAGGGGCCUCGGUUUAUUGUAUCAUCUGCACGACAGCCUGUAGCACACGGGGCCUCGGUUUAUUGCCCCAUCCGCACGACAGCCUGCAGCACACGGGGCCUCGGUUUAUUGUCUCAUCCGCACGACAGCCUGUACCACACGGGGCCUCGGUUUAUUGCCUCAUCCGCACGACAGCCUGUACCACACGGGGCCUCGGUUUAUUGCCUCAUCCGCACGACAGCCUGUGCCACACGGGGUCUCGGUUUAUUGCCUCAUCCGCACGACAGCCUGUACCACACGGGGCCUCGGUUUAUUGUCUCAUCCGCACGACAGCCUGU